AUGUCGACACACAAGUUGAUUGUGGUGGGCGAUGGUGGCGUCGGCAAGAGCGCCAUCACCUUGCAGUUCAUGUAUGAGGAGUUUGUGGAGGACUACGAGCCAACAAAGGCAGACAGCUACCGCAAGAAGAUCACCCUCGACGGCGAAGAGUGCCAAGUCGACAUCUUGGACACGGCGGGACAGGAGGACUAUGCUGCCAUCCGUGACAAUUACUUCCGCACUGGCGAGGGCUUUCUCUGUGUGUUCUCCUUGACAGAGACGAAGACGUUUGAGGACAUGGAAGACUUUCGGGAACAAAUUCUGCGUGUCCAUGACACGGACUCCAUGCCCAUUGUUCUUGUGGGCAACAAGUCUGACAUUGAAGACUCAAGACAAGUCAGCAAACAACAAGCUGAACAGCUCGCGCAAUCGUGGGGCGUCCAGUACUUUGAGACGUCUGCCAAGCUGCGCACGAACAUUGAUGAGGCGUUCCAAGCACUUGCGCGUGCUGUUCGUGACCGCAAAAACGCCGGCAUUGGCAAGCGGGUACGGCCGACCAAAGGCGGCAAGACUGGCAAGCGCCGGGGCAAGUGCACUCUCCUGUGA